AUGAAGGCCCUGGAGGUCACGGAGGUCCAGAAGGUCAAAAACAAUCACGACCACGCAGACAAGCACUACCAACAGAAGGCCCCGGAGGUCCCGGAGUUCUCGGAUGUCCCGGAGGUCAAGAAAAUGAAGGCCCUGGAGGUCCUGGAGGUCCUGGAGGUCCAGAAGGUCAAGAACAAUCACGACCACGCAGACAAGCACCACCAACAGAAGGUCCCGGAGGUCCCGAAGGUCCCGGAGGUCAAGAACAAUCACCACCACGCAGCAAAGCACCACCAACAUAAGGCCUUGGAGGUCCCGGAGUUCCCGGAGGUCCCGGAGGUCAAGAAAAUGAAGGCCCUGGAGGUCACGGAGGUCCAGAAGGUCAAAAACAAGCACGACCACGCAGAAAAGCACCGUCAAGAAAAUGAAGGCCCUGGAGGUCCUGGAAGUCCAGAAGGUCAAGAACAAUCACGACCACGCAGACAAGCACAACCAACAGAAGGCCCCGGAGGUCCCGGAGGUCCCGGAGGUCCCGGAGGUCCCGGAGGUCCCAGAGGUCCCGGGGGUCCCGGAGGUCCCGGGGGUCCCGGAGGUCAAGAAAAGGAAGGCCCCGGAGAACAAGAAAAUGAAGGCCCUGAAGGUCCCGGAGGUCCAGUAGGACAAAAACAAAUCACGACCACGCAGACAAGCACCACCAACAGAAGGCCCCGGAGGUCCCGGAGGUCCCGGGGGUCCCGGAGGUCAAGAAAACGAAGGCCCCGGAUGUCCGGAAAAUCCAGAAAGAGGAGGCCCGGGAGGUCCCGAAGGUCCCGAAGGUCCCGAACGUCGCGAAGGCCAAGAAUGCAGCAAAGGACGAGAAAGAGAAGGUCCCGGAGGUCCUGGAGGUCAAGAACAAUCACCACCACGCAGACAAGCACCACCAACAGAAGGCCCCGGAGGUCCCGGAGGUCAAGAAAGGGAAGGCCCCAGAGGACAAGAAAAUGAAGGCCCCCGAUGUCCAAAAGGUCAAAGAAGAAAAAGCCCCGGAGGUCCCGAAGGUCCAGAAACAGAAGGCCCGGGAGGACAAGAAA